CAGAUUGCGUAAUUUGCGUCCAACUGCAGUUGUUGAGAUUAUUGGGAAUGUCCCAGGUAUCAUCCAAGCCGCCCCUCCUCCUCUCUCGCCUCUGUCUCUGUUCAACAGGAUGCUGCUACUUUGCUUGCAGUGCCAACAGCUGAAGUCUGCUUCCUGAGUUUCCCUUCAGCCUGAGAGAGUUACAGGAACAGAAAGGAAGUGCGUGUUACAUGAAGGCAAGGGACAGUGUGUAAUGUACGUUUGUUAGAGAGAGCAAGAGUAAAGAGAGAGAGAGAGAGAGAGAGAGAGAGAGAGACUAUGGAAUGCUGUGAUGUCACCAGCUAAGUCAUACACAAAGGCAAGAAGGACACACAAGCACUAACUCUGCUUCUUUUAGUAAAGUCUGCCGUGGAGCGUCCGCACCCAGCUCGUGUCCAGUUUAUGGCUGCUAAUUAGUGAUGAGAGCUUGUGUGUGGUGAACGGACCGAGCUGGGCUUCCUCGUCUUUACCACCGACAUCCUUGUACUGAAGGACUGUUGCUGAAUCUCAGGAUAUAAUCAGGAGAACCACACACACGGCCAUGCUGCAGCAGAUCUUGAACGACAUGUACAUUGACCCGGAUGUGCUGGACGCUCUGAACGACGAGCAGAAGAAGACGCUCUUCCUGAAGAUGCGCGAGGAGCAGGUGCGCCGCUGGAAGGAGCGUGAGGACAAGCUGGAGAGGGAACCACUCAAACCCAAACCAAAGACAGGUAAUAGCAAGAGUGUUAGUUGGCUGCUGGGACGAGAUGGAGACGUGCAGGUCAUUGUCAUUGGAGAGAUGGAUGAGCUCAAAUCCUCCAAGAUCAUCUGUUCAGGGUUUGGAGAGAGAAAAACUGCCAGCGUCCUCAACAAUUCACGCAACCAUCCCAGCACUUUGAAGAGCAACUUGAUAAACCGAUCAGGGCGAGAAAACCUUCCUCCCAAAGCACCGUCAGGAGUUCAGCUGAACUUGAAGAUACCUGAAAAUGAAGAAAAACCAUCAGCACCUUCAGAAAAUGUAUCCCAUCAGCCUCAGGAGGCCAAAGAGAAGGCUGAGUCAGGACACUCGGAGGAUGACUCAGCAGUCUUGUCCUCAAUUUGCUAUCGGGCCCACUCGAGAUCUUGCCUCCUGACAACCUCGGCUCUCAGCAGACCUGGCUACAUGGACAUGGAGGACAGAACGACCAAUCAGCUACCUGACACCUCCAGACUCCACCCCCAAGACACCCCCAAACCACAGAUCAGCAGAGUUGAUUUCCGAGUGCUUGCUGCCUCUAAACGGGCGUUUUCCGUGGAUGUGGAGUCUGAGGUAGUUGAGGAGAGCUGUUUGGGACGGGGACGGGUUGCUCAGCUCAUGAAAACCUUCAGUGUGGCCAGUGAGUCACCACACUCCCAAGCACCGCCCCAUGGCAACAAACCUCCAAUCCCGGUAAAGCCUACUCACUUGAGGCCCCGCCCCUCACCCUCUCUCAGGUAAUCAACAAGGGACCUGCAGUCAAGACACCUGGCCAGGGGUGGUCUUCGGUGGCUACAUUUGAAGGGUGGGGGUGCUUAGCCUCUCUCAGGAACUUGAAUGUUUAGUUACCAAAGCGAUGUUAAGUAAUUCUUUUAUUGCAAUAUGGUUUUCUUUGUUUUUACUUUUUACAUGGGAUGGACAGUUUGUAGAACUUUUCAGCAGGAAUAAAACCUCGGUCAUAUUGCGACACUGCUCAAACAUUCGGCAGCACUGUUCACCUUGCUGUAUCAUUAAACUGCAGAAAGAUGCAUGUUUACAAAUGUAUUUCGGUUUUAAAGGGUCACAUGAAAUCUUGAUCACCAGUAUAAGAUUGAGUAAACUCCUAACAGAACCAGUGUCUCUUUAAUACAUUUUGCUUCCUUACAUCAUGAAGGCUGGAGUUUUAAUGAUCAAAUUAUAUGUUGUUGUUUUUUUGUUGCAAUAUCUAGAGGACAGGGCGGACAUUAUAAUGAACAUAUUAUUACUGUAAAUUACCAUUUCUUUAUAGCAGUUAAGAUGUACAGUAAGUUGCUGGAUUAAAUUGAACAAACAUUUUACACAGUAUUUACUCAAUUCACUGACAAAGUUACAUUUUGAACUGAUACUACGCAGAAUGACCAGCUGUGCCUCUAUGAGUACUUCACGUUGCUGGUUUUCUUCUAGCCAUACCUUCACUCGUUUAUGGUCUUAUUAUAAUAUAAAGUAAAAUUUUGGGCAAUCAGGUCAGUAGGGCAGCAGCAACUUUUAUGUAUUUUGUUUUCUCACGGGCUCACGUUUGCUUGCACUUCAUUCUAUUUUUUACGUGUUGUGAUCUUGAAGAGUUUAUAUAAUAACUCUAAGGCUUGAAUGUCCUGUCCACACAUUCAGGAUAAGUGUGGGAUAUUUCCUCUGUAAUAAAAUAAUCAAACCUC